CUUCUCGGGCCGAAUGGUCGCGUCCUGAUCGUGGCCAAUCGGCUCCCCGUCACGGCCAAGCGCCACCCGGUUAAGAAGUGGGAAUAUCCGAGCAGCUCUGGCGGUCUCGUCAGCGCCCUGCAAGGUAUUAAAGAUGUGCAAAUGAUGUGGGUCGGCUGGCCUGGCGUCAGCGUCCCCAAUGAGACCGAUCAAACAGUAAUCACCGAGGAACUAUUCAAGCGGAGGUGUGUACCUGUGUUCCUGGAUGAGGAGUUGAUGGACCAGUACUACAGCGGGUAUUGCAACAAAAUUCUCUGGCCACUCUUCCAUUACUUGGGGCUCCCGCAAGAGUACAAGAUCAAUAAGGCAAAGGGUAUCAAGUCGCAGUUCGAAGCGUAUACUCAAGCAAAUCAGAUGUUCGCAGAGACAGUGUGCAAAAUUUAUAAGGAAGGAGAUAUCAUAUGGUGCCAUGACUACCAUCUGAUGUGCCUUCCCAAGUUGCUGAAGCAGUAUAAUAUCAACAUGAAGGUAGGCUGGUUCCUGCACACGCCAUUUCCCUCAUCCGAGAUGUACCGGGCACUGCCAAACCGUGCGGAAUUGUUGGAGGCGGUGCUUAAAGCUGACUUAGUGGGGUUUCAUGCGUAUGAUUAUGCAAGGCAUUUUGUGAGUGCUUGCAUUAGCCUGCUUGGUCUUGAGGGUGACCUUGAUGGCAUUCAGUUUGACAGAAGGAUUGUCAAGUUUCCAAUCGGGAUAGACGCUCAGCGUUUUACAAAAGCAUUGGAGGGUCCCAAAGUGAAAGAGAAAAUUACCGAAUUCAAGAAACUUUUUGCUGGCCGAAAGGUAAUACUUGGUGUGGACCGGCUAGACAUGAUUAAAGGAUUCCUGCAAAAGUUGUUGGCCUUUGAGAAAUUUCUUGAGAAAAAUGAGGAACUGGAUUCUGGAUACAAAGUGGUUCUACUGCAGAUUGCAGUGCCAACCAGAAGUGACGUACCCGAAUAUCGGAAGCUAGCAAGUCAAGUGCAUGAACUGGUUGCACGUGUAAAUGGUCGAUUCGGAACACUGAAAGCAACUCCUAUUCUACACCUGGAUCAAACCGUCGAUUUUGAUUCAUUGUGUGCUCUUUAUGCAAUCACUGAUGUAGCUCUGAUAACAUCACUGAGAGAUGGAAUGAAUCUUGUAAGCUAUGAAUAUGUUGCCUGUCAAGAAUCAAAUAAAGGUGUUCUGAUACUGAGUGAGUUUGCAGGGGCAGCGCAAUCUCUUGGGGCUGGUUCUAUUAUUGUAAACCCAUGGGAUAUUGCAGAAGUAGCAGACGCAAUAAAACGUGCUUUGGAUAUGCCAACUGAAGACAGGGAGAAGCACCACAGGCAUAAUUAUGAACUUGUGUCAAGACACACCGCACAAGACUGGGCAGAAAACUAUGUCUGCGACCUAUAUAAUGCAACUAGUAAAGCUCCGCUACGAGCAAUACACACUACUGUGCUCCCUAUUGGAGAAGCAGCUGCACAAUAUGGACAAUCCAACAAUCGUUUGCUCAUAUUGGGUUUCAAUGCAACAUUGACUGGUCAGAUCGAAUUGUUUGAGGAAGGGGCUGAUAUUGAACCCAAGUUGAACCCUGAAUUUAAGCAACCACUGAAGACACUUUGUGAUAAUGAGAAUACGACUGUCGUUGUUGUCAGUGGAUACGGCAAGAGUAUUCUCGAUAAAAAUUUUGCAGACUAUAAAUUGUGGUUAGCGGCAGAGAAUGGGAUGUUCUUUCGGCGACCUGGUGAAGAAUGGAUAACCACUAGAUAUGAACAGGAUGAAAUCAGCUGGGCUGGCAGUGUAAAGAAAGUGUUUGAAUACUUCACCAAAAGAACCCCGAGGUCUAAUUUUGAACAGCGUGAAUCAUCACUUGUUUGGAACUAUAAAUAUGCAGAUGUUCAGUUUGGGAGAAAUCAAGCGACAGAUCUGCUGCAGCAUUUGGGGGCAUAUUCAUUAUCAAAUCAAAGCGCUGUUGUUGUUCAAGGCAGUCGAUCAAUUGAAAUUCGUCCUAUGGGAGUCACCAAGGAGGGAACAUAUUGGUCGCUGGCAAUGUUGUAUAAACUGAUCCAUUCGUUUGUCCAGGGUAAAGCUGUUGGUGAAAUUAUUCGCGAGUUGGAUCUCAGAAAUAUCAUGGCUACUCCAAUCGACUAUGUCUUGUGCAUUGGUCAUUUCCUUGCAAAGGAUGAAGAUAUUUAUACCUUACCCAGCUUUGAUGUUCAACCUGGAGCGAAAAGAAAGGGAAAGGUGUGUCAAGCAGAGGAUUGCUCAAGCAUCAAGUUUGACCUCAACCAUAAGAACUAUUUCUCAUGCACUGUUGGUAGGGAACACUCUGUAGCACGGUACAAUCUCAAGGGAACAAGCGAAGUUGUGUCCCUACUCCAGGAUCUUGCAGCAGCUGCUGCUCCAGGUAACAUGAGUCACCCACCAUAGCUUGUCCAUUGCUCAACUGUUCGGAAGAAAAGGAAAGAAGAUCGCGAUCAGCAGAUCUGAGCGACCAGUCAGUUGGCCACUUGGCCUUUUCUUCUCAUACACAUGUGUACAGAAUUCUAGAUUAGACAAAAAAGGGUAAUAUACUAGGAAAAAUGAUUUUUUUCGAUCUAAGAAUUGAAGAAGACAAUGUUAGCAAGAGUUCUUCACUUCAUCAGCUUUUGUUAACCACACAAGCUCUGGUCGGUGUAUGUACAGAACGUGAUGCUGUAAAACGGGUAAAUGAUGUUACCGAUGGAUGGUUCUUAUGCAGA